CGUCAACCACGUGGGCAGUUCUACCAAGAUGGGUUCAACUGACUUCUCGAUACCUUUGCGGCUUAAAGACACGCCUAUAGAUGGCCACCGCCCGAUUAAAGUCCGGGUGAUAGGGGCUGGCUAUUCGGGGAUAUACCUAGGAAUUCGUAUACCACAGCGCAUACGAAAUGUCGAUUUCCGAAUCUACGAGAAAGAGGAAUCUGUGGGUGGCACGUGGUGGGUGAAUAGAUAUCCUGGCUGCGCAUGCGACGUCCCAGCACAUUCAUACCAAUACACUUUCAACCCGAAUCCUAAUUGGUCGGCUUUCUACGCCCCCGCAAGCGAGAUUUGUGCGUAUCUCCAUGGCACAGCUGAGAAAUAUGGAGUUCUCAAUUACGUGAAGCUGUCACAUAAAGUAGAGACAUGUCGUUGGGACGAUACUAAGAAGAAAUGGAUUUUAAAUGUCCGGCGAACGGAUACGAAUGAGACGUUUGAAGAUGAUGCCGAUAUUCUAGUUGCGGCCAGGGGAAACCUGAGUGAUCCUGCUUGGCCAAAUAUACCAGGUUUCAAGUCCUUUAAAGGUGAAGUUAUGCACUCGGCAAGAUGGAAUCAAGAUUAUGACUUCAGGAAAAAGAAAAUUGGAAUCCUCGGCAAUGGAUCUAGUGGUAUACAGAUUGUCCCUUCCCUACAAAAAGUCGAAGGAGCCCAAUUAUCGUGUUUCGUUAGAAGCAAGGCAUGGAUCACAAGUCCCUUUGGAGAGAACGUGAUGAAGAAGCUUGGGCUAGAUCCGAAUAUACUCGAUUUUUCGCCUGAGCAACGCGAAGAAUUUGUCAAUAAUCCAGAGAAAUACCACAAUUUCCGGAAAAUCAUUGAGUUAGACGGCGGGACCAUACACGAGAUUUCGAUGAGGGACUCAGAUCUGCAGCGUAUGGUCACCAGUGCUUCAAGAGUGGCAAUGAAAGAGCGAUUGUCGAAAAAGCCAGAAAUCGCAGAAUUCCUUAUUCCCUCUUUCAGCAUUGGGUGUCGGCGUCCUUCACCAGGGCCGGGUUAUCUCGAGGCGUUAGUUGAAGACAACGUGGAUUUCAUCACCGACCCUGUGGAGGCUAUAACACCUACAGGGGUGACUCUGAAGACUGGUCGCGAGGUCGAAGUCGACGCUCUUGUUUGUGCUACUGGGUUCAAUGCUUCGUCGGCGCCGCCUUUCCCCAUCUAUGGACGUGGGGGUCUGGCAUUGAAGACGCGAUUCACACCCUUCCCAACUGCGUACCUCUCGAUCGCCGUGGACUCAUUCCCCAACUUCUUCAUCAUGCUAGGACCUAACUCGGCUAUUGGAUCAGGUUCGCUGACGGUGAUCCUGGAGAAUGAGGGCGAUUAUAUCGUGAAAUGCAUCCGCAAGCUUCAAAAGGAGGACUACGCCACAAUGUGUAUCAAACCUGAGCGCAUCAAUAAUUGGUCCGAGUAUUGUCAUGAGUAUUUCAAAAACACUGUUUACACAGACCCCUGCCACAGCUGGUACAAGAGCGAGGGCGGCUCGGGUGACCGUAUAACGGGUCUAUGGCCAGGAAGCACACUUCAUGCGCUUGAAGCAUUGAGAGCACCAAGAUGGGAAGACUACGAUUAUGAAAGCAUUGAAGGCGCUGCAGGGAAUAAGAUGAGAUGGUUGGGUAAUGGAUCUAGCAUUACUCACAUGAAAGGGGAAGGGAGUGAUGAAUGGGGUGGUGAUCCUGCUUGGUAUAUUGAGAAACGGUUUGUGGACUUCCCCCUUCUGGGCCAUCCCGAGAAUGACGAGACCCUGAAAAUGCGCCCAUUUUCCCAUUAGUUAUUACUAGAUUACUUUUUAUCCCACCUAGCUAGUGUCAAUCUUAGAUUAGCUAGGUAUCUUCUAGCUAUAUCUUCGAAACAUUGGAAGGAUCAUGAAGUAUUUCGGGAUAAGGGAGAGCUUUUCCUUUUCUAGCAUCUUUAGUAACUUAAUAAAGUCAAGUUGAAUGCGGGUUCAUAUUGUAGAGGUAUACAUCUUUAUGCCCAAGGCCUUUUCUGCUGCAAAA